AUGAGUGAAGAACAUCCCCAACCCACCGGGUCUGCCCCGGCAACAAAGACUCUCACGGCCCGUUGCUACUGCAAAGCCGUCCACUUUACCCUCACUCUGCCCGCCUCCUCCCUCCCCCUCAAAGUCCACCUCUGUCACUGCAGCAUCUGCCGCUACACCCACGGAACCCUCUGCAUCUUCCACGCGCCUCUCCCAUCCGGCGUAUCCCCCUCCUUCAUCGCCCCGUCUUCGCUGUCAUCCUCUCUCACGGCCUAUCGCCACGCGACGGCCUCGAGCACACGGUACUUUUGCAGUACAUGUAGCUGCCACAUCGGAGACGUGGGCGUCGACGACGACGACUGGGUUAUCUCGGCGUCCAUCUUUGAUGCGAACCAGGAUGAUGUACCCGCCGUCUGGAAUGUACGGUCUCAUGUCAACACGGCUUCCGCGCCGGGCGGAGGAUUAUAUGAAUGGCUCCCAGCGGUGAACGGCAAAGAGAUGGACAUCUGGAACCCUAAGAAAGAAGAAUCUGAAGCCACAACGUCGACAACAACACAUGGGCGAGAAGUCGGCGUAGACGGCGAAGAGGUCCUCCGCGCGCAAUGCCAUUGCGGCGGCGUCUCCUUUACAAUCUCCCGCCCCAAGGCCUCCAUGCUCGAGGAUAAAGCCUACGAAGCAUGGCUCUCGCCCGUCGACUCGCGAAAGUGGCCGGCCUGCGUAGACGCCUGCGACGACUGCCGUCUUCAAACGGGAGUCCACGCUAUAGCAUGGGUCUGUAUCCCCGAGAGCUGCAUCAUACCCUCCGUGCCCGAGGGCCUCCAGCUCGGCGGGACGGCCAAGACGUUCAAAUCGUCUGAGAACGUGCGGCGGUCGUUCUGCGGGACGUGUGGCGCGAGUGUGAUGGCGUAUUUUGGGGUGGAUGGUAGGAAGCAGGCGAAUGGAGAGAGGUUGGUCAAUGUCGCUGCUGGAAUUUUGAGGGCGCCUGAGGGGUGUUUGGCGGAGGAGUGGGUUACGUGGAGGACGGGAAGGGUUGCGUGGGCGGACAGCGGGAUGAGAUAUGAUGCUGGGGUGACGCAGGGGUUGGGGGAGGGUAUGGCGAGAUGGGGGAGGGAGAGGCAUGGCGAGGCUUGGGGGUUUAAUAUUGGAUGA